AUGAUCCUACAUAUCUAUUACUACUACGGCAGGUCUUGUUAUGGAAGUACAUGUUGCAAGCUUCGUAAAGCCAGUUUUGGACUGGCUAUUAUCAGCUUGAUACUUUCUCUCGUUGCGAUCGUCGAUCUUUUGUUCGAUAAGUGUAGAGAAGAAGAGCAAAUUACUGUCCCAACAAAUGCUGUCGUGCCAGUUCAAAGCUCGCAUAUUGAAUACGUUGAGCAGCCAGGUCAUGUCACUUACGUUCAGCAGCAGCCAACUCAGGAUGUCGUUCAUCAUUCCAAUGGCGCCGUAACGACCUAUCCAGUACAGUACCAACCUCCAAUACCAGUUUAUCAACAAGGAUCUGUUACGCCUGUUGUUGUGAAUCAUACAGAUUAUAUCCCGACCACAGUCUAUCAACAAACGUCAAAUUCAGGGACACAAAUGUUUACUAUCUCUCACAUAGCUUUGGUGGCGCUUAAUAUCCUCUUCUGCUGCUUGAUAAUUGCGUUUCUUUCAGACUGUAUAAACUGUUAG